UUGUUGAAAUUUAAGUAACCAGGGAUAAAGUUAAAUAUGAAGAGUUCCUCUAAGUCUAAUGUCAGCUCUGUAACCGUAUCAGAAAAUUUUUGGCGUUCAGGUAAGUUUACAAGGAUUAACAGCCUUUACAGACUUCCAGGAGAUCUGUUAUGAUCAACUGUUUUCUACAUUCUCAAGAGAUCUUUGGGAGUAAACUGGUUUUCUUGAUCCCCAAGUGAUCUUUGAAAAUUCUGACAAGGCUAUUUAUUUUACAAUAAAGGCGGCAAAGUCAUAACGUUUUGAAGAUAAUAUCUCAACUUGUGAAAUCCUCUCUGGAAAUCUGCUCGGAAGAAAUCCUAAAAUGCAAGUGGUCAGUGACUCUAACUACAAAUGUACCCUGUCCAGGGAAAGUCUGGAAAAAGCUAAAAGAGAACUGAAUGAAGAUCCAGACACCAGGCUGAUUGAGGUGAAAACACUUCGAACUAGAUUGGAAAAAGUUCCAGGUUUGAAAGCUAGGACAGACAUCAAUUUUCUUCUGCCAUUCCUGCGCGCUCGUAAGUUUGACCAGGAAAGGGCUUUUCAGCUGGUCAAAAAUUAUUACGAGGUACGUCGCGAGUCUCCGGAGAUCUUCGACGACCUGAAACCAAGUCGGGUCCAGCAUGUUAUUGACGACGGCAUUAUUGAAGUGUUGAAGGAGAGAGACAAUCAGGGCUGUCGUGUGCUUGUGGUUAGGCCAGGUAAAUGGGAUCCGGACAGAUAUUCGGUUCAGGAAAUGCCUCGUUCUACCUAUUUAUUGAUGGCUAAACUUGUGGAGGAAGAAGAAACGCAGGUUCACGGAGUCCAUAUUAUCAACGAUCUGAGUGGCAUCACAUUGAAACAAGUCUCACACAUUGGCCCCACAGCGGCCAGACAAUAUGUUCACAUCAUGCAGGAUGUUAUUCCUUUGAGACUGAAAAGAUACGACUAUGUGAACGAACCAAGUUUUUUCGACGUUCUCUUCACAAUCUUCAAACAGUUCAUGAAAGAGAAACUCGUUAAAAGGAUUUAUCUCAAUGGUUCUAAAUUUGACAAGCUUCAUGAAUCAAUGAACCCAGACUUUCUUCCAACUGAUCUGGGUGGACAACAGAAGCCGUAUGCAAAUAAGGAAUGGAUCCAAGAUUUUAUGUCUUCAGACCUCCAGUUCACAGAAGACAAUAAAUAUGGAUUUGUCAGUAUGACUCUCAACACAGAAAAACAAGACAGUAAAAACAUAGAUGCUGGAAUUCAAGGCUUGGGAGGGACAUUUAAAAAACUGGAAUUAUAAUAAAAAUAUAUUUUUUU